AUGGCGCACUUUUGGAUGCUCACCGCGGCGCUACUGGCUUGUUUGGUUUGCGCGCGCGCCAGCGGCCCCAUCGGCUAUGACGAGGUGACGUGUGGAAGUACGAUGCGCAUCAACCAUGUCGCGACGCGACUCAACCUGCGUUCACACGAGGUUGCCUACGGCACGGGUUCAGGCCAGCAGUCGGUCACACUGGCUUCAAGCGACUCGGACAGCAACGAUUACUGGCAAAUUCGGGCCCCCAACGGCAAGGAUUGCAAGCAAGGUGCGCGCAUCAAGUGUGGCGCCACUAUCCGCCUGCUGCACACGGCCACGCGCAAGUUUUUGCACAGCCACCAGUUCCAGUCACCGCUCAGUCACAACCAGGAAGUUUCAGCCUAUGCCCGAGAGGAUGGCGAGGGUGAUUCUGGUGACAACUGGAAGGUCGAGUGCUCGGGUACCUACUGGGAACGUGCCAACACGUUCAAGCUGCGCCACGCGGACACGAACCAGUAUUUGCACUCAACAGGAGCACACAAGUUUAACCGACCCAUUGCCGGUCAGCGGGAGGUGUGCGCCGUGGGCCAGGCCUCUCGUUUGUCCGAGUGGAAGUCGGCCGAGGGUUACUUUAUCAAGGCCGCAAAAGCAAACAAUUAA